ACCUGUUGUAUUCGGCGCAUGUGGCAAAUAACAUUUUAUUUUAUUUUAUUUGAUAUCAAAGGUGCAUGUAAACAGAUUCUCCCGAAUAAGACCUUAAGCAGGAUAUGAGCUACUAUCCGGAAUACUGUGCACAUGUAAACGUGGUCAAUGUUGUGCAAAACAUAAACCCAGGCAGGCCCAACCCGAAUCAACUCUUAGAAUAUCAGGCCCUGCUGAAAAUCUACUUUCUCAUAUUAUGCUAUUUUAAAGAAGAGGCAACUCGAAUGAACUUUGAUCGCUUUUAUUAACAUUUUUACAUUGCAAAAAGUAAAAGUAUUUUUUUAUGCCACGAGAGGUACCGGAUCCGGCCAAAUAGGUUCCGGAACGAAACAGUUCAAAACGGUGAUGUGCCGGAUCCGGCUCAAAUUAAGCAGUGACUAUAACCCACUACAGCAGAGUUUGCUCGGUCGUGGCGACCACAAGGGGUGCACGUUUUGUUUUUUGCCCCAACAGUACACAGUUGGUUUGAAAUUAUCAAAGCUUGAUGAUUAGUUGAUUAUUUGAAUCAGCUCUGUAGUGCUAGGGCAAAAACCGUUGGAGUCUCGAGGACGGAGUGUGGGAAACCCUGCACUAACUCCUAACGCACACACGAAAAUAUCCGGAGCUCGGAUUUGUGUUAUUUUCAACAUUUGGCUAUAUAAUAUUUGUCAAACACAGCAAAGCUAAUAUUAUAUCAAAACGCAUCAAAUGAAAAACAAUAUACCAGUGUUUUCGAAUUGCAAAAUAAAAAGUUCACUUGGAGAUGCCGGGGAUUGAACCCGGGGCCUCAUACAUGCAAAGCAUGCGCUCUACCACUGAGCUACAUCCCCAACCAUGCAAUAUUUAGCACAUAAACCCGUAUACUACAGUUAUGACAUCAUACGAAAUGGGUGAAAACUAGGUGAGUUAGAUGCAUAUUCUUUUGCCAGUCGACGGAUUUAUGGUCGUUAAAUGCGUUUUAUUGGGGGUCAAAAAUUGUUUUGCUCUGUGUAGGCCUAGUAUUUAGUAGCUACUAGGUCUACAAGCCUAUACUAUAUAGUUCCUGGUAGUGGCAGUGACUUCAGUAGCUACAACUAUUACUAAUGGUAGUGGCAGUAACGUUAAUGAUAGUAAUAGGGCUGUCAUAGGCCUAUGGUAGGCUAUGGGGUAGUUAUAGUAAAUUACUGUAUAUUUGGGGUGGUUUAUAGGUGUGGAGUUACUGUACUGGGUUAUAGUGGGUAGCACACACACAAAAGUAAACCACUAUCAUCGGGUCUCUGGCUAACAUUAACCACAUCUAAAAUUAUCUCGAUAACAAAUGGCCACUGACUACUAGGUGACAGGUCAAUCACCAAUGUGACACAGCAGAUAUGAGAGAACCAAAAUAAAACACUCAUAUGACAGCGUAUGACAUUAGGACAGGGGAGGGACAUCUGAGGCUAAUCAGAGAGAGGGACAUGAUGUUGCGUUAAAGCAAGACUUUGAAGAAAAGGAUCAAUACAUUCAUAGAAGGAUUUGAAGAUAUAACCUAGAGACUUUUUAAAAGGGAAAAAAAUAUUGUAAUACGAGCAAAUAUGCACAACCAUUUGAUCCAGUGUUUCGAGGGCUUUCUAUUACAUUUGUGUUACAUAAAGGAAUUUUUUGAGCUCAUUAUUGGAGCAAUCUUUUACCUGUUUGAGGCCCUUGUGCGUCUGUUCAUCCAACCACCCAGAAAGGACGUGGAAGGGGAAAUAGUGUUGAUAACAGGGGCAGCCAAUGGCAUUGGCAAACUGAUAGCCAAGGAGCUGGGUCGUCGUGGGGCUACCUUGGUCCUAUGGGACGUCGACUGGGAAGCUCUUGAUGAGACAGCCAAGGAACUUCGCCAGAUACUGGAUAUACGUGUCUAUGCCUAUGCUUGUGACUGCAGUCGACGGACUGAGGUGUAUAAAGUUGCAGACCUAGUAAAGAGGGAGGUGGGGGAUGUUUCCAUCUUGGUGAAUAAUGCAGGAGUAGUGACAGGAAAGUACACCUUCACAGAGGCCCCAGACAACAUGGUGGACAGAACACUGAGGGUCAAUGUCGCUGCUCACUUCUGGACAUACAAGGCUUUCCUCCCUGCUAUGAUGUCCAGGAACCAUGGGCAUCUUGUGUGUGUGGCCUGUCAUGGAGGACUGUUUGCUAUGAACGGAUUAGCAGACUACUGUGCAAGCAAGUUUGCAGCCGUUGGAUUUGCUGAAUCCAUCGCCUUAGAGAUGCUUGUCCUCAAGAAGGAGGGGGUCAAAACUACUAUAGUAUGUCCUUACUUGAUCAACACAACCAUGUUUGGAGGAUGUCAGACAAAGUGGCCGUCUUUUCUGCCCAUCAUGGACAAGUGGGAUGCAGCAAAGAUGAUUGUUGAUGCAAUCCUGAGGGAGAAGAUGUACUUACUGCUACCAUCCAGUCUGUACUUCCUCAUGGCAUUAAAAAGCUUCAUGCCAGCUAAGUUGGGCAUCAUCUUGGUGAAUUUCUUUGGAGGAUUGGAUUUAAUGGAUCGAUUUAGGGGAGUCCCAGUGCCCAUUCUGCCCUACAAAAAGCCUCUGCGCCAAAGAUAUGACAGCAUUGGUGAACCACAGAAUGCAAUAGUCUAUCACAACUAGCUAAUAUAAGAAGAAAACUACUGCAGUAUUGCAUUGAAUCAUUUAGGAGGACUUUGUAAAGGAGGUGUUGAGUUGGGGUCUGUUAGGUGAUUUGUAAAACAAUCCAUCAUACAUACAGAUAUUCAUAAGUAAGUAAAGCGUACAUUAGACUAGCCUACACAAAUCUCUUGAAAUCCUCAUAGGCAGGCAGGCAAUGGCACUGUACGCAAAUAGCCUAUUUUGAGAAUGUUUAUCACAGCUAAAUAAAAACAUACCUCCAUAUUA